GAGAUACCUGGGUACGUCAGUUUUAUUUUUACUGGCUCUUUAGGUAACUUAACAUCCUGUUUAAUAAGUCCUGUGUAUCCCACCUUGAGCGCGAAAAGUUGUGGUUCUCAUCCAUAACCUCGAUAUACACACAAUAUGGCCCCCUCAUUGAUAGCACCAGUAUCUCCAUCCUCAGAAGAAACAAUACACAGAAUGGAAGCCACCAAAUUCAUUCCCACUUCCUACCCAAGCAACGCUCAAACCCGUGAAUAUGCAGAAUCCCUCGAUCAAGCUGACACCCUCCGCUCAUUCCGCGAUAAAUUCAUCAUCCCGUCGAAGGCAAAUUUGAAAGCUACAAAGUUAGCAAAACCGGGAUUAUCAGCAGAUGAAAGUAUUUAUUUCUGCGGGAAUUCUCUGGGGCUUCAGCCACGAGCUACGAGUGCAUACAUUCAAGCUCAGUUGGAUACUUGGUCUUCAAUUGGUGUGAAUGGUCAUUUUAGGGAUCUUGAAGAUUCGCCGUUGAAAUCCUGGCAGUUGUUGGCGGAGCAAGCAGCUGGUGAUAUGGCUCUUAUUGUUGGUGCGAGUCCCGAGGAGAUUGCAGCUAUGGGGACGUUGACUGCGAAUUUGCAUUUGUUGUUGGCUAGUUUUUAUAAGCCGACGGAAAGCAAGCAUAAGAUUUUGUUGGAUUGGAAGGCUUUUCCUAGUGAUCAUUAUGCAAUUGAGUCUCAAAUUGCGUGGCACGGCCGAAAGCCUAGCGAGUCAAUGGUCUUGAUUGGCCCCGAUGAAGGUGAAUACAUCAUUUCAACCGAGAAGAUUCUGUCAAUCAUCGAUGAGCAUGCCUCAAAGACAGCACUACUUUUACUCCCUGGUAUCCAAUACUACAGUGGACAAUUGUUCGAUAUCCCCACGAUUACCAAGCAUGCCCAGGCUCGGGGUAUCAUAGUCGGUUGGGACCUCGCACAUGUUUACGCCAAUGUGGAUGUGAAAUUGCAUGAAUGGAAUGUCGAUUUUGCUGCUUGGUGCACAUACAAGUAUGGAAAUGCCGGCCCGGGGGCAAUUGGUGGUGCCUUCGUUCACGAGCGACAUGGCACUGUGGACUACAGUCAAGGAGAAGACAAGCCGGUGUUCCGCCAUCGCUUAACAGGCUGGUAUGGAGGUGAUCGAUCGGUAAGAUUCAAAAUGGAUAAUAGUCAGUUCCCAUCCUCCAAUUGGUAUGAUUGUUCGGUUCUGACAUAGGCGCCAAAGAAUUCAAACCAAUUCCUGGCGCUGGAGGCUUCCAGGUCUCCAACCCCUCUGCUAUAGACUUGGCUGCCUUAUGCUCCUCUCUCUCUGUUUUCAAUGAAACGUCCAUAGCUCAGCUUCGAGCAAAGUCAUUACGACUCACACAUUAUCUUGAGUACUUGUUGCUCGCCGGAACAACAGACGAAACGAGAAAGUUUCGGAUCAUCACUCCGUCAGAUCCUAAUGCUCGAGGUGCCCAAUUAAGUUUGUUGCUCAAUCCGGGGCUUCUCGACAAAGUCGCUCAACGAUUGGAAGAUGCGGGCAUCAUUUGUGAUAAGAGACAGCCGGAUGUUGUCCGAGUAGCUCCUGCCCCAUUGUAUAACACCUUCACAGAAGUGUGGACAUUUGUCAAUGAACUGAAAACAGCCAUCGCAUAGUUAGCUGAAUAUUCAUUAAUAAUGAGAAAAAUUUGAUAAGUA